GAGUUGUGGAUCUUUUUUGAUUUGAUGAUAGAAGAUCAAGUGUAAUUUUGCAUAUGUAUAUUCUGCCAAAGUAAAUAUAUGAAAAUAUAUGCUUUAUAACCGGAGGAAGACGUGAAGAACGUGUGUCAGGGGCUAUAAAUUAUCUCAGAAGAGAAGUAAAGGGAAAGGGGAGAAAAAAAGACCAUACAUAAUUAGUUGAGGCGAGGGCUGAGGCCCAAGAUAGGGGUGAUCUCGCCGUCGCCUAUGCCCGCCGCCUCUCCCACAACAACAACGAGCAAGGGAUUGGCGGGGAACAGACAAGAAGAGAGCAAGGAAUAUUUGAUGUCCAUGAACGCCAGAGUGUCACAGCAUAGUAAUAGACUACGGGACCUCGCUUCAAGGUAUUUCAUUAUACUUUGAGAAAUGGAGAGACAUAUCACACGCCUCGACAAGGAGUUAGUUACAUUACAGAUUCCUUUUGAUUAAGCGAAAAGGACGAAAAUAGAAUUAGGAAGGAGUUGCUAGGGACAAAGCGUGAAGAAACGAAGAAGGAAACGGAAGAAAAGAAAAGGCAAAUGUGGGAACAAGCAAAAAGGACAAAGAUAUCAUUGAGAAGAAGUUGCAAAGGACAAUGAAUUAGACUGCUAAUGACGGCGUGAAGAAAAAGAAAAAACGAAGAAGGAAACAGAAGACAAUAAGUGUUAGCGGACUCGUUUCAAGAUGAAGGACUUCGAUGACGUAAUGACCAGUGUUGGAAGUCACGGGCCAUACCAGCGCCGGGUAUUACUGGGUAUCAUUUGCCCUACCAGUGUUAUUGCCGCUAUGACAAUGAAUAUUUUGCUGUUCCAAGUACCAGUGCCAGAUCAUUGGUGCCACGUACCAGGGCAGGAAAACACAUCUUAUUCACAGGAAGCUUGGUUAAACCUUACCAUACCAAGAGAUAUAAAAACGGGCAAACUGUCGGAGUGUCAUCAGUACAGAGUGGAGUGGACGACGGAACAAGGGAACCAGUCGUUUAUUGUUCACAACGACACACGCGCGUGCGAUUCAGGAUGGAAACACGACACUUCCGAAUUCGAAGAAACGCUCGCCACCACCAACCAAUGGUUCUGCGAGGAAAGAAGUUACUCGGAUCACGUCUACUCAAUCAACAUGGCGGGGAACAGUGUUGGCACCAUCGUCCUGCCUGUGCUGGCUGAUAGAUUGUAAGCCGUGGCUCUAGUGUUUGUUGUUGUUCGUGAUGUAUUGUGAGGAAAGUUGUAGUGUUUGGUUUGUGAAUUGUUGUUCGUUUGUUGUUGAAAGAUUGCGCGAAAGGUUGUGUAUUGGUGUUGUUUGUUGUUGAUAGAUUGUGAGAGAAGUUGUAUUUUGAUUUGUAAUUGUUGUUGAUAGAUUGUGAAAGUUGUAGUUUUUGGAUUGCAAAUUCUUGUUUGCUUUUUGGUGACACUGUAUGAAGUAAAUUGAUGUUGAUAAUGAAUUGUAAGAAACGCAAGUAGUGUUUUGAUUUGUAAUUUUUUUUUUUUUGUUGUAGUUAAUAGACUGUAGGGAAAGGUAGUUGUGUUUGGUUUGCAAAUUCUUGUUUGUUCUUGUUCGUGAUAGAGUGUAAGUCGUAGUGUGGUGUAUUUUGUUGCUGAUAGACUGUGAGAGAGGUUGUCGUGUUUUGGUUUGUCAAUUGUUGAUAGAUUGUAAGAAAUGGGAGUAGUGUUUGG